AUGGGGGAGUUUGGCCGCUGGAAGGUGAAUAGCUUGGCCCUUGAGAGACAGGAGAACAGCGGCUACUCUUUGCCUCUGGACCCGGACUUUAUUCAGACCAUCAGGCAGCUGGGCAGGAGGCCGAGUGUGGCCGCCAUCACCGACAACAUCAUCCGCAAAUACGGCACGCACUUCCUCCUCUCUGCCACGCUGGGAGGAGAGGAGUCUUUGAUGAUCUUCGUGGACAAGAGGAAGCUUAGCCGCUCUCCUGAAGGGAGCGAGCCCAACAACACGGCUGUCACCCUGGAGACACUGCACCAGCUGGCCGCCUCCUACUUCAUUGACCGCGAGAGCACCCUGCACAAGCUUCACCACAUCCAGAUCGCCUCCACCGCCAUCAAGGUACAGGCCUGCAUCAAUGUCUGCCUUCUUUUGAUGAUGUGA